AUGGCUGAAAACCAAAACGGGUGCAGUCUCGAGGAUUGUCAUACGAAUCUUUUUGCUCUAGCUGAUUUAUCAGGGAUAAAAUGGCGAAGACUAAAUGCUCAAUCAGAUACUUCAUACACAGCAGACCCACUAGAUGAUCCCGUGCUAGUUUCAUAUUCAAAAUGUGUACAAGCAGAUCUUUUAUGUGUUUGGAGACGACAACCAAAAAAUGCCAACAACAGCCAUCAUAGUAGUAGUUCUGGGCCUGGUUUGGGUGGAAGCAACAGAAGUCCAAUGAAUGGAGCCAAUAGUAUGGCUUGCCCAAAGGAGCUAUGGUUGUUUUGGUAUGGAGAUGAGCCCUCUUCUCUACAAUCGUUCAUUUCAUCAGAUUUGUUUGAAGUUGAAUCGGGUAGCUGGGAGAGUGGGCCACUAUCUUACGAAUGUAGGACACUUCUCUUCAAAGCUUUCCACAACCUCAUUGAAAGGUGUUUGUUGGCCCAGAAUUUUGCAAGGGUGGGCAAAUGGUUUGUCCAACCAUAUAACAACACUGACCAAUUAAAUAAAGAUAGCGCACACUUAUCCAUGAGUUUCAACUUCUUUCUGCAUGGAGACAGCACUGUAUGUGUGAGUGUCGAUGUCAGGCGUCAUGAAGCUCUGUUCUCUCUCACUCACACUGUCCUCUCUGCCGCUCAACAUAUCACAGUUGUUUUGCUGGCUCCAUAUGGGUUGUCAGGAACUUUAACAGGGAAGAUUUACUCGGACAGUGAGGCGAGGUCUAUGCAGAUGAUGGAGGAUUGGAAAAAGUAUGUCAUGGUGUUUAUUAUGGAAAUGUGUGUCGAUGAAUGUGAAGGGGAUGAGGGCUCUCAAUUUUUUUAUUGCAAAUAUGAAACUGGUGUGAGGUUAAGAUACCCGAGCAACUUUGUGCUGAUGACCAGUGACGUUAAUGCCGCUGUGCUAAAAAGAAUGUCAACAGUAUCAUCCUCAUCCGCUAAUACUAGCAACGUCAGCAACAACAACGUUGGUGCCAACAAUUUUUGCAACAACCUUGCAACUGGCGCACUGCAGCAGCAGCAACAAGUUGAUUCUAAAAGGUCAUUGUUGUUGCAGUGGAACUAUUCUGCAAAGGUCAUCGAGAAGUCAUGGAGGGAUUUGGUCGUGGCCAAUGGUCAAGUAGCUCACGGUCAAUCACAGGGCUCAGAAGAUCAUGCUCUAUAUAACGCAACCAAUAAUAUUGUUUGGAACUUCGGUGAUGUAACACAAAGGUCCAAUUGUCACUGUCCAAAAUCAAGGACACAAAAACCAGCACUCUCAUCUUCAAAACUGUCACAACCACCCUCUACUUCACUUAUGUCGUCAGCUCCGUCAUCCCUAACUUCUCUCAACAAAAGUUCGUUGGGGGGUUUUGGGGGUGGCAGCCUGUCAUCAUGGAAACAACAGCAACAAGCAAGCAACAAUAAUAACAAUAGUAAUAAUAAUUAUAAUAGUAAAGCAGAAGGUAGAGUGCGAGCACACAAGGCUUGCACUCCCUAUCAUAAGAGGCAUGCUAAUUUCACUCACAAGUUGUUAUCAUCAACAUCUUCGUCGUUAUUGACAUCAUCAUCAUUGUCACUGACGACAUCUACUGCAUCAUCAACCAUAUCAUUAUUAUCACAAGCAACCUUGUCGCAACAACUGAUGUCCAGUCUGGAGGCCAACAGUUUCACACUGCCGAUGAACUUUGGCUGGAAGAAUGCAUCGUCAUCAUCAUCAAUGCCAGCAUCAUUAUUAACGUCAACGUCUACGGCAUUUGGUGGCAGUAAUCGAGGGGGCAUCGUCAAUGUUCAUAAUGGUUCUGUCAUGCCUGGUGUUGAUCAACAAAAUAAUAAUAAUAGUCAGAUUCUACCUGCAGUUACCCAACUUUCGUCCUCAUCAGCAACAUCAUCAGCAACGGCCACCAACGUGAACAGCAUGGCAUCAAAAAGUCUUCUCCACCAAAUCACCUCUGGUCUUGACUCCUCUCCUCAUUCUGCUGCUCCAUCUCCACUCAUGGUCACCCCGAAUGCUCAGGGUUCAACUGUCAAUCAAAAUGGCAGUGACCCCACCAUGCCUACCCUCAGUCCUCAGCCACCUACCAAAAGUGGUGGAUCCGUGGAAGUGGGUGGUAGGAGUAUUUUAAAUAGCGGCAGGAGCAUCACAACUGGUAAGGAUGGCCACAUAGGUAGUGUUGCUGAUGGUGCAGUAAGUGAUGGCGUUCAUAAUGGUAACAACGACAGUAACAAUGGCAUUAAUGUUGCUGGCAAUGUGAACUAUAAAAAGACAGUUGGUGGCAGCAGCUCUGGAGGUUUGGGUAGCACUACUGCAAGCAAUGGUAGUGCCUUGGCCACCUCAAUCUUGUACACUUGUAGUGUAGAUGACUACAAAUCAAAGUAUGAGUCACUUGCUGACUCAUCAGUUAAAAGUGAACUUUUGUCAAGAGUCAGGCCAGCUGAUGUCGGCAAAACAUGGAUAAAACAACAAAAUAGGAAGAGGUCUAGAUCUAUUUCUCAACAGAAUAUAGUGGGCACUGUGCCAAAGAAACCGAUGCUAAUGUGCCAGUUCCCGGGAGAGGAUGAUGAAGAAAUGAAAAUACCAUCCUUGAUUGUACAACCAAAUUUUAAACUACCAAAUCAGGGUUUCAUAUGUUCCGCCACCAAUCCUUCAAAUGUGUCUGACCAAUCCUUUUGGACCGUGGUCGGUGAGGCAUCGGGCAGAGAAGAUUCACUUCAUACCCAACAUCGUCAUUCAAACUUUUCACUUAUUCCUGGAGGUAGUAACUCACCUUUUAGUGGUUACCAGGAUGACAGAUACAAUAAUAACAAUAGAGAUUCUGUACUACCAAAGAUAAAAAAGGAAGAUAAUCAAGGGUCAGAUUUUUUUGGAGGCAUGGAUGACAGUAGGAAUGCAAUGGAUUACUCAUCAUCUCCAAUCACUCUCUCCUCAUCAAAGAAUGACUUUGCUGCAACAACUGCACCUGGCCACAAUCUACCACUUCAACAACAGCAACAACAGCAGCAGCAGACUCAGCAACAACAUCAGUUAGGGCUUAGUUCUUCAUUCACGCGACAGUCGACUAACGUGAUGCCAAUGUCUUCUAUAGCCACCCUUAUGAGGGAAAAUGAUUUGAAGCCAAACAUUCAGGACCUGGAUAAAAUGUUUGACACAGAUGAGGAAAUUGAACCUGAUUCGCCAAAUAGACCAGAGUCUAUCAGAGAUGAAAGCAUGGCAACGGCGUUCAAAUCCACAUCUCUGUCAACCAAUUUCACCCAAGGCAAGUUUUUAUUUAAUUUGAUGACGUUUGCAACUUUCUUGUUUGUUUACUGCUAUUGCUUGACAGUAAAGGACUUGUCCCGCAUGUUUCCCACUCCACCAUCUGCUGACAAUCCAUGCAGUGAACCGUCACCAAUGAUGGAAAUAGACAGUCACCAUGACUAUGGCCAACAGCAGCAGCACUGCCAGCAACAGCAGCAACAACAUUCUCAACAACAGCAACUACUACAUCAACAACUUCUCUUGCAACAUUCAACGAGUUCAGCUAGCUUCAGUCCACUGAUCAAUAGCAGCAUGGCUAAUGUUUCCCAGUCACUUAUUAACUUGAGAAAAGAAUGCUCCAGUUUGUACAAGAUACCUCUCAUAAGUCGGAUACCAAUGUCAGCUGACUACAACCCCAUCCAACUACCCAACACUUUAUCCAUUCCCCUCAACGCUUCUAACCUCGUCUACAAGUCGUCAGCACCACAGCCGGCAGUGUCCUCAUCGUCGUCGACAUCACUGCAACCACCUUUUUCAUCAUUAAUACCGUCAUCAUCAUCUUUUGCUUACAGGCAACAGCAACAACAACAUCAGCAGUUGCAGCAUCAACAGCAGCAGCAAAGAAUGAACAUUGGUGGCAUGACAGGUGUCAUCGGUGGCAAAGUGGUUGGUGCCGGCUUCAUGAUUAAUAAUGGCAGGACACCUCUAAGUUAUGACAUGUUGUCUCCAGCAUCUAAUUCUUCCAUUAACAGGAGACCUGCAGGCUCUGUGGACAGCAGAGUUGCCAGCAGUCUUGAGCCAAUAAAUAGCCUAAUGGUCAACGUCAUGAUCUCCGACUCGGUUUUGAACCUCUUCAAGGACCACAACUUUGACAGUUGUACCCUCUGUGCCUGCAAUCGUAACAUCGACGGUAGCGACAUUGGCAUCUAUGCGAGGACCAGUUCAGAUGCACUUGUGCCUUCAGUGCUAUCAUCAAUAGAAGGCAUAUAUGGUUUGAAGUCAGGAUUAUUUUACGAGGAUGAAGUCGAGAUAUCUGGCUACUAUCACACUGGACUUGAUAACAUUCGCAAGCCGCCUCUUAUAAAGAGACACAGCAGCAAUAAUAACAACAAUAAUAUGAAUAAUAAUAAUAACAACAACAAUAGUAAUAAUACUAAUAAUGUCAAUAAUAAUAAUAGUAAUGUUGGCAAUAGCGAAGAGAAUGCGCUGUCAGAUGACGGAAUAACGGCCGAUAUCAUCUCAAUUAUUAGGGAGCAAUUCUCAACACAAUUUCCCACUAUGCCUAUUCAAAACCUGUUCAAGUCCGAAUAUUCUAGGUUUAUUUCUAGAAGCAACUGUGGUAGUGGUAGUAAUAGUGGUAGUAAUUGUGGUAGUAGCAGUGGUGGUUGUGGUGAUGGAAAGAACAAAAGUGUUGUUGGUGGUGUCAGUGUAGAGGAGCCUGUCGACCUGGAGAUGAAGGAUUGCAGCGAUGCCUGCUUUUUAGCCCUUGAAUACUGCAAGUUCUUGUCAAUGGAGAACAACAACAACAGCAGUAGUAACAACAACAACAACAAUGUUGGUGGGGGUUGUAAUAGCCAGCUAUCAUCGUCGUCAUCACUUCUUGUCGACCGGUCCAAAGUCUGCCUGCAUGAAUGGUCUUUCCGACAUGAAUUAGCGCCACUGCCGUCAAGUUCGCUUGAAGUCGUUCGACUUCUGAAGCAACUGCAACCACUGCUUCAAGACGCCAUUCAAAAAAAGAGAUCCACCAGACUCUGGGAAUCUGUCUACACCAUCUCCGGUCCGUUGACCUGGAAAGAUUUCCACCUGUUGGCUGGAAGGGGGUCGAAAGAAACCAGCGAACCAAAGUCGAUACCAUAUUUGAUGGUGGGUUAUGAUAAGGAACUGCUGAACAUUUCACCUCACUCCAUCAAAUAUUGGGACAAAUUGAUGUUGGAGCCUUUGUGUGAACCUCGUGAUGUUCUCUACCUGGUUGUCUCCCCGGAGAAUGAUGUUGUCAUAGAUCAGGUGUCCAACUUCUUUAACGACUUCAGCAUCAUGUACGAACAGUGUCGAUUAGGUAAACACAGGGUACUUUAUGACAAACUCAGAGAUGGGAUAAUCAGGGUUGGCAGGAAAAAUGAGGAACCACUGAGAGACGUGGUCAUCGAUGAUUGGUACAACAAUAUCGAUAACAUCAUAGUGAAAAAUCUGAAUGAAAAGCGUCAGGUGUACAGGGACGCGGCAAAAAUACACUCAGCCAGUGGCGGCUCACGAUUCACCAUCAGCAAUCCAGACCAGCCACCAUUCACACUCUACUCAACAUCCACCUCGUCAUCAUCUUCACUGCCGAACGUGAUGAACUUGCCACCGGUACCUCAGCACAGUUUCAGUCAGACAAUCAGUAAUCCCCUUGCAGGCAUUAACAGUAACCCUAAUAAUAACAAUAACAACAAUAAUAAUAAUGGUCCAGUUGAUUCCUCGAUGUCAGGAGUUUUUGGUGGAGAGAAGAUGGAUUUCUCCAUGAAUGCUGGUAGCAACAACUUGAACAGCAUGUCGAACAAUGACAAUGAUGGCACAAACAGCAGUCAUCAGCUGCAGGAUGGUAGUGGCGGUGGUGGCUAUGGCAGCGACUUCCUACACAACAACAACCUGAGUCACGAAGUUGUUGUCGCUGGUCAGAUGCCCUACGUUGUUGUCUACAUUGUUGACUCGUUCAACUAUACAUCACCCUCAAACAAUACCAACAAUGGGAGUAAUGAUGAUGAUGAUGAUGGUAGUUUUUCAGCUCGCAUGGUCAUGAUGAGUCUGCUGAGAGGCUUCAACAACAUGGUCAAGAUGAUGCCAGAAAAAUUACAGCCUUACGUUAAGCUUCAGAUUGUACCUCAGGACAUGAUCAUGGAUUCGUGUCAGCGACAAACGACCAGCUACAUGAAGAACCUCUGCUUUUCAGUGUACACUUCCUGCAGACGACAACUCAGCCACCACAACAUGGAGAAGUCGCUCACUGGUUUUGGACCAACAUCUUCUGCCAACAAAAUCAUCAAAAAACUGAAUUCUACCUACCAACAACUGCAGCAUCAAGGCGUCAUUAGUAAUAAUGGUGCAGGAGCAGGCGGGGCUGGAACUAAUGGCGGACCUGGCAGUGGUUCCCUGCUCGGUAACGUUUCUGCCAACAGCGUUGUUUCAUUCGGUAAUAACAACGGUUUGAUAACAUCUGCAGGCAACGUUAUAAUAAUUAAUUCAACGAUUGCUUCGACUCUUCUGUACAGUCCACCGUUCAUACUGGCCCCACCACUAUUUCAGUCUACAUCCAUUCUUUCGCCUGAAAAUUAUAAGGAGCCUUUAGAAAAAUGUGGUGUGCUCUUGUGUGCUUAUUGCCUGAGUGAAGACCAGCGUUUCCUGCUGGCUUCACUGGUUGAUUCAACCGGUGAACUGUUGGAAACGACGUGCAUCAAUAUCGAUAUAGGCGAUAGGAAGGUGAGACGCAGGGCAACUGUCAGGAGGUUUGCAUUCCAUAAGUUGUGGGAGUUCAUACUGGGCACUGUGGCUUGUACUGCUCGCCCCUGGAGGCUGGUGGUCGGUAGGUUUGGAAGACUUGGGCAUGGAGAACUCAAAGGUUGGUCGAUGAUCCUUAGUAAACGAAACCUCCAGUCCAGCUGCUUGAUGCUGCGUCGCAUCUGCCAGACUUGUAACAUACCAUCUGCAAAUCAGUGUCCAAGCAUUCUGAGCGCCUGUCUAGUCUCCACAGAAAUUCAUCCUUCCAUCCACAUCAUGGUCGAUGCAGUCAAGAAGGAAGAGAACCAGAGUAGUAAGAGGCAGUUGUCGACACCCAAAGACGCUUCCUGCACUCACAUUCUUGUUUACCCUACCUCAGCCACUGCUCAGGCCACGGAUCCCAACAGCGCCUCAGACACACACAUGGACUUCACAGCGACCGAACUGCUGAACGAAGAAGAACUGCUGAAUGGAUUUGACCCAGAAGACCCAGACAUGAUCAACGAUUUCUGGACCAACCUUGACAACUCACCAGAAAGGAUUAUUGAUGAUGAGAACCAUGACGAUCCCAGCUCUAUUCAAUCAAGAGGAACUUUCCUGGGUGGCUCCAACAUUGAGCAUGAAGAGAACAACAACUUGAACUUGUUACAGCAACCUCAGGCCAUGGGUUUCUACGUGUCGACUGCUCCUCCUGGCCCACUUCCUGAUUGGUUCUGGUCAUCCUGUCCACAGAGGCACGAUCACUGUCCUGUUUGUCUUAAGGCCUCGUUACAUUUGCAUUGUCCAAUGGUGCAGCAGAACCAGGAUGACCUCAUCCACCAAUCGUCCAAUCAUAAAAAGUCCACUCAUCCUCUUGAUUCAUAUCUCACCUGCGACGUCCUCAGGUACGUGCUGGAGACUUACAACGCCCUCUCCUGGCUAACGAUCGAUCCAUCGACCAAUGAUAGAAGGACCUGUCUGCCGGUGCACAUGCUCAUCCUCAUGCAACUCUACCACGCUGUCAAGGCCUACUUGUAA